AUGGCAUCGGCAUGUCCACGUACAGGACCUGAAACCACAACCGAACAUACCGGAAAACCCUCGGGUGGACGAGGAUGCCGCAUAAUCCGGCAGAAAGUUACCGAUCACGCCAAAGUACCGCCACCUCUGAGCAUUCGGACGGACUCCGUUACGAGGGGUCUUCCCUUAGAACCACGGGCCACCUACUGCCCGACCUGCGACCGCCGGGCCACCUACUGCCCGACCUGCGACCGCCGGGCCACCUACUGCCCGACCUGCGGACCGACCGCAUGCCGGCCGCGCCACCUAGCUACUGCCCGGCCUAUGAACGCCGGAUCGCAUACUGCCCGGCCUACGACCGCCGGCCCAGCGACUGCCCCACCUGCGACCGGACUCCGCUACUUCCCUUGGAACCACGGGACACCCCAAGCCACCGGAAAUUCCGCGAACAAAUCUCCUCCACAAACAGUACGGCGGAUAUAUAAGGCCGUGCAAUCCCUCGCUAUGGACCGACACGAGAUGGACGAACUCUUCGGGGAGAUAAGUACAAGCUCAGAGUCCGAAGCGAGCGGGCCUACUUUCGCACCGACCACGACGCCGCCGACGCCUGCUCCUGCCGAGUCGCCUCCAGCAACCCCGAGCCCGGGACUAUCCCGACGACCGCCGGGCAGGAACAUCAGUCCAGCGCUCCGACCAGUCGAACCGUCGGAAGGCGACCAUCCUGAUAACGCCGCCGGAGAUUAA